AUGGGGAUCAAGCGCUCACACCGCGAUUCCUCGUCAUCAGACAGCACACCCUACUCGCGUGAGACGUCUGUCGACAUCAAGAUUGUCCACUUAGAUACCGAAUCUGCCAUCUCUGACGAACCAACCAUCAUGAAGUGCUCACUGCCUCCACACGAGCCGCUGGCUUUCGCGUCUAUUGAGGAUCACGAUGUGCACUAUCAGCAGGUCCACAUGAACCGAUGCAGCGAAUGCCACAAGAACUUUCCAGAUCAGCAUUAUCUCCAUCUGCACAUCGCAGAGUACCACGAUCCCAUCAAUGCUGCUAAACGAGAUCAAGGAGAGAAAACGUAUGCCUGUCUUCUACCGGAGUGCGAUCGCAUGUGCAGCACGCCACAAAAGCGCCGCCUGCACUGUAUAGACAAACACCAAUUUCCCCGCGAGUUCGACUUCAUUGUUGUGAAGGAUGGUAUAGACCGCAGAAGUAGCAUGUUAAUACCCUCUCAUCGACGCAGAAGCUCUACCAUGAGCUCAGCGAGCAACGCUACUGGACGGCGGAGAGGUGAGUCGAAUGCAAGCAUAGUAGGCGAUACCAUGGAUACGGAACAGGACGAGGGAGAUACUCGUCGGUAUCCCACCAAGCUUCAUGGGCGUGGAGGAUUUGGUGGUCGCGGGCUCGGACGCGAAGAGGCAGCAACAGUUACUGCCACGAAGCCGGCUACUGCUGUCCAGUCAGCCGACCCCAUGGACAGUCUAACUUCCAGCAUGUCUUCACUCAAAUUCAUCCCUCACAGUGUUCGGGUAGCGCGUGGACGGGGCAGGGGAAUAGGCGCUUGA